UAGUGGCCGCCAUGAAUGAAAUGAUGGAGCGCGAUAUUUUCGGCUUCAGCUCCACCAAUUCUAUCCCCAUCAACGCCGAUCUUGGCUGGAGAGACUGGUCACCGGGUAUCAAUUGGGACGAUUUCACAGGCGCCGACGACUUUCACGGCCAAAUUGACUCCAUGAUGACUGCCGCCGUCGACCUCCAUGAUUGGUACACAUGCGUCAGCCCAACGAGCACCAACUGCCCCGGCUCACCGGCAGAGGACCUUAUACCUUCCUCCGACGACACCGCCGUUCGCCUCGUCCACCUCCUCAAGGCUGCGGCUGAAUCCCUUAGCGGGGACCUCAAAACCCCUGCUCUCACGGAAGCGAUAUUGGCUCGGCUCAGAGAAUUACUACUUGCUCGCACCACCUCAACUGGUAUGGAACGCCUCGCGACACAUUUCACCAACGCGCUUCACUCUCUCCUCGACGCCGCCGGUGACGUCGAGGAGCCGCUGCAGCAGCCUUGCGAAUUUCUGAGAGCUUUCCUGCUCAUGCAAGACAUGUCGCCCUGUAUCAAAUUCGGUCAUUUUACGGCGAAUCAAGCGAUUCUUGAGUCGGUCGCCGGAGAGCGGCGGGUGCACAUAGUUGACUUUGAUAUCGCGGAAGGCGUGCAGUGGGCGUCGCUGAUGCAAGCGUUGGUGUCGAUCAACAACGGCUCGCCGCCGCCGCAUCUUAAAAUCACCGCGGUUGCGCGUUACCGGAGGUCCGUUCAGGAAACGGGAGGGAGGUUAGCAGACUUCGCGGCGUCUGUCGGGCUGCCGUUCUCUUUCGGUCAGUGCCGGACGGAUUACGACGGGCAGUUCCGUCCUGCGGGGAUUAAAGUGGUGAGAGGGGAAGCUUUGGUGUUCAACUGCAUCCUCCAGCCGGGCUCCGCCGGCGGAUCUUUGUCUUUCAUCUCCGGCGCUGCCGCUCUCGGGGCUCGUGUGGUGACGAUUGUCGACGAGGAGAGCGAGGGAGUUGGGUUUGAGGGGAGGUUUAUGGAGGAGAUGAUGAGGUAUUCGGCGAUCUGGGACGCGCUUGAUGCUGGGUUUGAGAAACAGGGGAGGGAGAGGGAAAUGGUAGAGAGGGUAUUUUUGGGGCCGAGGAUCGCCGCAGCGGUGGAGAGGGCUUAUAAGGGGAUGGAGGCGUGGGAGAACUUGGAAAAGCGGCUGGAGGCGGCGGAGUUUGGAAGGAUGGGAUUAAGCUUCUUCAACAUUUGUCAAGCUCGUUUGUUGCUCUGCCUCUUCAGUGAGGGAUACCGACUUGAAGAGGGGACGAAUAAGCUCGUCUUGUGUUGGAAGUCUUGCCGGCUGAUAUCGGCCUCUGUGUGGUCAGCCCCGCCGCUGCUGUCGCCGGAGGAGAGUUACUUGAGCAGUUGAAGUCAACCCUUGCCACGUGUUUUGCCAAUUAUUAUCUUUACGGUCAAAAAGAGAUCUUCAAAUGACCUAAGCAUAGGCUUAUUUCUGUAGUUUAAUGUACUUGACGUGAUCGAUCUUCAUGUGGAUGCAGAUUAUUUAUAGGCUUUUAUCAUUAUUCUAAAAGUUUUCGCUAUGCUCGGGAUUAUGUUAGCA